CUGACGUCACACUUUGCGUUUGUCAAGGGAACUGCAGAGCGAUUUCACCUGUAUUUCUGUACAGAGUGUACUCAUUCAUUUAGUAUUUUAUCGUUUAUUCGUUCCCGAUUAAAGACAUAUUUUAUGGCUAUAACAGGACGUUGGAACGGAUAUUUUGGGAUGGGUUGUGCAGAACUUCUAUUAUAGUUUGCUCUGUGUGGACAUCACCGCCACCGUGGAAGAAAACGGCAGCUCAUGGCACCAGGCCUACACAAACUCGGGCCCCAGCCCCCUCCCAGCACCACCCGAACACUUGUGCAAGGCCUGCGGAGGCCAGUUUGACCUCGGAAGAACGCAUGUCUGCAUGGACUGCAAAAACAGUUUCUGCAGCCGCUGCUCGGUGCAGAUGGACCUCCGGCCGCGGAUGUGCCACACCUGUCAGCGGCUCCACGGCACUUUCUUUGAACGGGCCGAGUUGAUCAGGCUGAAGGUGAAGGACCUCCGUGACUAUCUCCACCUGCACGAAACCCCCACGCAGAUGUGCCGAGAGAAGGAGGAGCUGGUGGAGCUGGUGCUGGCUCAACAAACUCCCAGAGGCAGCGGCGGUGCCGAAUCCCAUUCACAGCCGUCUGUGCCUCCUCUGCCUUCCCUUCCUCUUGCAGAAUCUGAAGCCCUCACAGAGGAGGAGGAGGAGGAGGGUGACGAGGAGGAGGAAGAAGAUGAGGAGGGCGAAGAAGAUGAUGAGGAUGAUGAGGAAGAGUCCACAGACAGUGAGGAGACGCUGGUGCUCAGCAGAAGAGCCUCUCUGUCUGACCUGAGCAGGGUGGAGGACAUCGAAGGCCUCAGCGUGCGGCAGCUGAAGGAGAUUCUGGCACGUAACUUUGUGAACUACCAGGGCUGCUGUGAGAAAUGGGAACUAAUGGAGAAGGUCACCCUCCUCUUUAAUGAUCAGAAAGACCUUCACAACCUGGUUUCAAAUACAAAAACAGAAGCAGCUGAUCCUGCUGAGCCCAGCGGCCAGGAGGAGAACCUGUGCAAGAUCUGCAUGGACUCCCCCAUUGACUGCGUUCUGCUGGAGUGCGGCCACAUGGUCACAUGCAGCAAGUGCGGGAAACGCAUGAACGAGUGUCCCAUCUGCCGACAGUACGUGGUUCGAGCAGUGCAUGUCUUCAGAUCGUGAAAUUCGGGUGCAGAGAGACAGACUGUCCCAUACAGGUUGUUGCAUUUUCACACACUUAACAACAUUUUCUCACAAUUUUUGAUAACUUUAAUUUUGCUGCAUUGUUUAUAAUUUAACAUGAUUAAAUGCACUUAUUUGCUUUUUUAAUUCCAACCGUAUUAAGGUGUGCCUUCUGAGUGGUGUUUAAUUCAUCAGUUGACUUUUGCACUUUUUUGUUAAUUAUUAUGAU